AUGGAGGCCUCUGAGCACGCCUACGAGGAUGAUUUGACUGACAAGAAGGACUCUCUUGUCUACUUUAAUGACAUCCAUGCCGUUUACGGAUUUCUGGACGAGAACAGUGUUCGGAGGCUGAUAGCCACGCGCUGGUAUGACAACGCCUUGGGAUCUCAGAUCGCCAUAUGCCUCCGCUCGGCGGCUCACUAUGCCCCGUCGGCAGUGUACGAACUGCAUCGAGCGGGAGUUCUCGACGACGUCAAGGCCCAAGGCAUCCAUCCCUUUGCGGUGUGCUGGCGCCGUCCUGGUGACACCUUCAUCGCGUGCAUUCGAAGUCGGUUCGACAUAGAAUUCCCCAUGGUUUGCCUGCCUCUGGAUCAGCUCGAUGUCCUCCUCCUGCACAUUUUCUGGCUCAACCAGAUACCGAAUGAAGCACAGAAAAGCCCCAAUCUCUUCGGCUACGGCCUCGAAUCUUGCCACGGACAAGGCCGCUGCAACCGCCCUCAAAGUCAAGGGCAAUCAGGCCUUGCGCAACAUGACUGGCCCUCUACUAUCGACUAUUACACCAAGGCGAUAGAAAAGUACGACGCAGACCCGUCGUUCCAUUGUAACCGAGCGGAGGCCAACAUUAAGCUUGAAGCCUACGGCUAUGCCAUCGCUGACGCUACCAAAGCGAUCGAACUCGACAUGUCUGUCAUGUGGGUGUUCGUGACGCAGAGCCUGGGUGCGCUCGGUUCGGUCGGCACUCAACAGACAAAGAACGUCUAUGGCGCGGGCAAAGUCUUCACGACCGUCUCGACGCCCAAAGUCCCCCUUGUCGAGACCUACACACCGGGCAUCGUCGACAAGAUCAUCGACUACUUUCAAGAAAGAUUAGGUCUGAUCACAGCCAUAACCCAAGCUGUACUUACCGUGAGCAGCAACUAUGAUCACCUGUGCAUUCAGCGAAAAGAAGCAGGCAUGCCGAUUGACAGUUUUGCAGAUCACCAGGGCAACCUCUUUCCACAGCUCGCAAGGCCCCCAUCCUGGCGGAUAUGCACGAUCUGCGUACCGUUUUCGAAGCGAAGCUCGUGGUUGUUUUCAGACGACAUCACUCGCCAUAGGUCAUCAUCACUCCACAACAACGCCAUGACACAUUCUAUCACGAGACACAUUCCAUCACGAGACACACAUUCCAUCACGACCUACAAUACAUUCCAUCCCGACCCAUGA